AUGGCCGCUAAAACUACAAGAAAGCGUAUAUUUGUUCCUGGCCCGGUCAUAGUUGGAGCUGGCCCUUCUGGUUUAGCUGCUGCUGCUUGUCUCAAAGAAAAAGGUAUUCCCAGCUUGAUCCUUGAAAGGGCUAACUGCAUAGCUUCGUUAUGGCAGCUUAAGACCUAUGACCGCCUCCGCCUUCAUCUCCCCAAGCAGUUCUGUGAACUCAUACUCAUGCCCUUCCCUUCAGAUUUUCCCACUUACCCAACCAAACAGCAGUUUCUGGCUUACCUAAAUGCUUAUGCUGAACACUUUGAUUUGAAGCCUGUUUUCAAUAUGACAGUGGUGAGUGCAAGGUUUGAUAGCAGAUGUAGGCUUUGGUUUGUUAAGGCUUUGGGGUUGAAAAAUGAGGAGACUGAGUAUGUUUGUCAAUGGCUGAUUGUUGCCACCGGUGAAAAUGCUGAGGAGGUUGUGCCGGAAUUUGAAGGGGUGGAUGAGUUUGGGGGGCCUAUUGUUCACACCAGCUCUUACAAGAGUGGCGAGUUGUUUAGGGGAAAGAAGGUUUUGGUGGUUGGAUGUGGGAAUUCAGGCAUGGAGGUGUGUUUGGAUCUCUGCAACUACAAUGCAAGCCCUUCCCUCGUUGUAAAAGAUUCGGUGCACAUCUUGCCGCAAGAGAUACUGGGAAUAUCAACUUUUGGAUUGUCCAUAUGGUUGCUCAAGUGGUUCCCCAUGCGCCUUGUGGAUCAUUUUUUGCUUCUUGUCUCACGCCUCAUGUUUGGUGACACUGCCCAGUUUGGCAUCAACCGCCCAGAGCGUGGCCCUCUCGAGCUCAAGAGCAUGACCGGCAAGACACCUGUUUUGGACAUUGGCACACUUGCUAAGAUCAAAACUGGCCACAUCAGGGUUUGCAAGGCAAUAAAGAAACUAAAACAUCAAGCUGUGGAGUUUAUAGAUGGGAAAGUAGAGAAUUUUGAUGCCGUCAUUUUCGCAACGGGGUACAAAAGUAAUGUAACAUCUUGGUUGAAGGAAACAAACAUGUUUUCAGAAAAAAAUGGAUUGCCCCGGAAGCCCUUCCCAAACGGAUGGAAAGGGGAAUGUGGAUUGUACUCAGUGGGGUUUACACAACGUGGACUGCUGGGCGCGUCUCUUGAUGCAAGAAGGAUUGCAGAGGACAUCGAGCAUAGCUGGAAAGCUGAGGCCACACAGCUUGUGCGCUGCCACCAACACCACCACCACAGCCUUGAUUAUAUUAAGCAAAAAUAA